UGGGGCAUUAGUUCUCUUUUCUUUCCCUUGCGAAAACAAACUACAUAAAACGGGCAUGAUAUUAUUUAUAGCCUGAACCACCAGUCGAACCAAGCGCGACGCUCAAGAUAGAACCGGCAAGGGGUUUGCGCAACGCCACCAAAAAGAAGCAACAAAAGACAAGAACAGCAGUGCCAGGAUGUGAAAAACAAAAACAAACAAACAUGAGCAGUAAGGACCCUGACAAGGACGAUGAAAGAAAAGGGGGGACAGGGAAGGGGGGCGGCUUCGAAACACCGUUUCCGAAACUAUGGGGUAAGGGGAAUUAUUCUUUUCGAACCUCGACUAAUACUACUAUAUCGUCUAUGCGCUUGCGUGCGAAUGUGAGAGUGCAUGCGUACGUGCGGGUUGUACAGCGAAAAUAAUGCAUCUAUGAACAGAGAAUUGUGGUGGAAUGUGCUUCGUAUAGAUUCAAACAAACAUACGCCAGGAGACAGCCUUUUUCCCCAUGUUUACUUUGGGCAACAGGAACAAAAAAGAAAUAGUAUGCUAGGAUUCCGGGAGGGAACAAAGGAGAAAAUUAUCCGCUAAACCGACUCACCAUUGGACUGCUUGAUCGUCUGUUGUCGUGUUGCUCUUCGUCAAGGGCGAACGCUCGCAUCUCGUGCACCCCAACUGAGGCGGGUGCUUUGCCUUUGCCCUUCUCACUAAAGGUGCUGCGCGCGUGGUACAUUGUGCUUUCGUCGCUUUGGCGCUGAGCUAGGCCGGUUUCGACAUCGCUGCUGUUGGCCUGUUUCUUUUCUUCCUUUUCGUUG